AUGUUCACACUUAUUUCCUGCUAUGACUGCGUCGCUGGCAGGUUUCCAGUGAAAGGCCUUCGACUCCGUUUGAAGGAAAUCAAUUUGCUGUUUGCUGCUCUGUUGUGUUGGUGCUGCCUUGGUUGCUGCAUAGGUGAUGAUGGAUGUAUCGUGUCUGAAACAAGCAUCAGGAGAGCUACCAUAACAAAGGGAGUCCCGGGUACCAUUUACUUGUUGCGCGAAGCAGCCCUCGAAAGGGUAUUCCUGAGGGUAUUUAUGAAGAGAAGCGACAAGGGGCUGAAGGCCGAGGUGAUAACUCUGCAGCAGAAAGAUCUGCCGCUGAAUAAACACUUUCAAGAUAUCAUCAUUUCAAUUGAUUCCGAAGGCCACCCAAGCAUGACCCUUCCCAACAUCACCGAGAGGACCUUCACCUGUUGCCGGAACUCCAAGAUCGAGAAACUGGAGGUGGAGUCGGAGGGCGGGGGAGUGUGGCUCUUCUACAGGUGUCCAGAGGCCAUGGCCAAAGAGAGGCUUCAGAAGAUUACCUCCCUUAGCGCGGAAGGCAGAGACAGAG